GCAGGCAGCGCUACACCGCUAGCUGGCAGCAGUCGCUCCCUGUCCUCCGUGCGUUGUGUUGUGUAUGCGUAGUUUCCACGAGCCUCGUGGCUACUUGCGCAUCUCUCGUACGCACAUGUGCGGGGUGGGCACUUGACUACAGCUGGGAAGUCCUGCUUGAGGAGUUAUGAAUGAGUGGGCAAAGUGUGUGUCUAGGUAAGGCAUGUCCUGGUGUGAAGAGUGGCUGCUAGUAGAGUAUAGCCAGGUGCUGUAGGACCAGCACCAAUAGUUUGGCCAAGGCCACUCUAGCCUUCGCAAGCUACAUGGCUGUUUGUUCUGGCAUUCGCUACCAGACGUGUGUGCGGGGUAGAUAUAACCAGUUGAAGAACUUAGCAUGGUCAAGAGCCCCAGAUCUGAUUACAGGACCUAGCCGCGAUAUUGACCAUUGACGAUGAUAGUGAGAGAAUAAUUUUCAUUUGGAAAAUAUUAGACUGGUUCCAAAUGUGCACAUGUAAAUAGCACCGCAGGAGACCAGGAGGCAUGGCAGGAAGUGCAAAAUACCCCCGUUGAAAAGCAGAGUUGCAAUAGGUGCGUUAAGAAACACUUAUAACAAGAGCCCAAGUCUUCAACAUUCUCCCACUAAACAUAAGGGGCAUAACUGGCCGACGUCUCAGUGUUCAAAAGGGAACUUGAUGAACACCUCCAAAGAAUACCUGAUCAACCGGGCUGUGAUUCAGAGUGGGACCAGUUGGCUUGGCCAGUGACUAGGCCGCGGGGGACAUUGAUCCCCACAACCAACACAAGCGUGGUGGAGGCGUGUCGCUGGACACAACAGCCCAGAAUGGUCUCCUAGUGCGGAUGUUGGGUGACGUGAAGGUAAGCACCACGGUGGAGACCUCGCUGACGCCCAGCGUGGGAGUGCCAGGGACCUCCGAUGCCUGGGGCACCGCCACCAGCAACAGCGUGUGCGUCAGUGGAGGCCCGAGCUCCUCCAGCGGCGACAUGAGUGUGGGAGAGGCCGAGGAGCGCCUCUUGAGGAGUGUAGUGAGGGGCUCCUCCUCCUACAGCAGGUUCAUGACGCUCCACAGACGUCGGCGACGCAAGCCCCCCACGCGACUCCUGGAGCAGCCUCAUCGGGCCCUUCUGGACGACCUCUAUCACGGACCCACUCAAUGUGUGCUGUCACAAGUUGGCGUGUGGGGCUUCAAUGCCUUUGCCCUGGACAGUGUGUGUGGCGGGCGCCCUGUAUCAGUGCUGUGCGUCUACCUUCUACACAAAUAUGGUCUUAUACAGCAUUUUAAUUUUGACACAGUCACAGUCUGGAAAUGCUUUAGUUUAAUAGAAGAUGGAUAUCAUGCCUCCAAUCCUUACCACAAUGCUAUCCAUGCGGCGGAUGUGACCCAGGCCAUGCAUUGCUAUCUUCAGGAGAAAGUGAUUCAUGAGCAUAUGACACCCCUAGAGAUGCUCGCAGCUCUGGUCGCUGCGGUGUGUCACGACCUUGACCAUCCGGGAGUCAAUCAACCAUUUCUUAUAAAAACCGACAACCAUUUGGCUGCACUCUACAAGAACCUAAGUGUGCUUGAAAAUCAUCAUUGGAGGUGUGCAAUGGGCUGCUUGUGGGAAUCUGGACUACUAGAUUCUUGGGCAGCCGAAGAUGUGACGGCUCUUCAGGAUAUGAUAAGAUCUCUCAUAUUGGCUACAGAUAUCACCCGCCAGCAAGAGUUUCUCACAAGAUUUCGGAGAUACUUGGAUGCUGGCAGCUUUGAUAUGCACGACCCAGAGCAUCGGCACUUCUCUCUUCAGAUUGCCCUGAAGUGUGCCGAUAUAUGCAAUCCCUGCCGACCGUGGGAAAUAUCUCGUAAAUGGUCACACAAGAUAUGUGACGAGUUUUAUCGACAAGGUGAUUAUGAGCGGCAGUUAAACCUUCCCAUCACACAACAGUGUGAUCGCCAUGUUACGUCAGUGGCUAAAAUCCAAAUAGGUUUCAUCAAAUUUGUUGUCUCGCCACUAUUUGUUGCUUGGGAUAGAUGGCUAGAGACAAAUCUCUCAACAUCCAUGGUGACCCAUAUGAAUAGAAAUCUUGCUUUAUGGGAAGAUCAGCUGGUUCGGGAGGCUGCUGAAGAGACUGCUACGGAGAUCUCUUUCGUCCCAAUGGACUCCCCUCAAAUGCCUGUUGAGGAACCUGAAGAUGAUGCAGAUGAAGCAGAUGGGGGUACCACACCUAGUAGCAGUGGAGAUAGUCAUCAGUCUGUAUUGGGAUCCUUAGAAAAUGUGUCGAGGUCACUUCAGCUGGGACGAAGACAUUCUGUGCCCUUGAAUCUGCCUCGUCUGGUUCCCCGUACAGUAAUUAGGAGGGAAAGUUUACCUGAGGUUGGAGGUCCACCUUUGGUGGUAGAGACUGUGAUGAUGGGAGGGCUCUCACUAACCUCUCUCACAUCUCAUACUAUUGACCCCAAUUCCACUCUGACUGCUGAUGCCCUUCUACCUGACCCAUCUAUCACAACAAUGGGUGGGGUGAGUAGUGGACGAUCACGUCAUGCCUCUAGACUUUCACGAAGAAUGUCCCUCCCUCCUCUGUGGCCUCAACAUCCACGUUCUCGACCCUUACAAACAUUGCUACCAAUGUCGCCUACUCCUAGUGAGGACUCUACUUCCCCUCUGGACACUCAGGAAAAUUCCCCACCCUCUGAAGAGCCUGAACAAAGAACAGAAAUUGUAGGUAGCUCUGCACAGGGUAGUGUUGGGGACAGUGGUAAUGAUUGUGAAGAUAGUGGUGGUUGUGGUGGGUGCAAUAAUAGUGGCGAGUGCUGUGAAUCUACUGAACAAACGCACAGAUCAACAAGGGGUGAUACUGUGUCUUCAGUUCGGGAGUGUAGUGUUCACAGUAGGAAGUCUGUUCAAAGUUAUCAAGGUGCUACAUUCCUUUAUCCUGAUUGCUCAGAUGGUCUUCAUUACAGAGCUCUUGGUAGCAAGGUGCUAGUGCGACGGGCUUCACUAGACAGUACAAGUGUCAGCAGUAAGCGUGAGUUCCUGGAUCGUUUAGCAUAUGAAGGGAGUAAGUUUGCUCGUGUUGAGCGUUCAAACAGUGAAGUGGAUAAAGAAAAUAAGGCACCCAGAGAACCAUUAAUCAGUAGGGACCGACAAGUACCGUUUUGGAAAACUCGUGCUUGGCGAAGUCUCAAUUAUGAGGAUGAAAAUGCUGUUGACCAUAGAGAAAAAAUGGUUAAGCCAGGCAUAUACAAGCUCAAUCAAACUCAGGGAAGUAUGUUCAUUCAUGGUCGUCGGGGCUCGGCUCCACUCCUACGGCCUGACGAAUUGUGGGGUGGCCUCAGAGGUGGUGCAGAGCGACCAGAUCAGCGUUAUUUGUCCACUCGUAGGGGAUCGGCACCCUCCCAGCCAAUCCAUCAAGGACAUAAAUUGCUGAAACUUGGCCAUGCUGGUGGUCUGCUUGGGGCCUGUGGUGGUGGUAUUGGUGGUGGUGGUGUAGGAAGUAUAGGUGCCGGGAAGAUUGGCGGCCAACCCCCAUUAAAACGACAGCGCGCUUUUCCUCAGCCACUGAAUCGCACUAAUUCCUUUUCUAUCCUAGAGCCUUUCAUUGCUUCCAUAUCAGGGUCGGAUACUGAUAGUGGGCCAGAGAUGCCUGGGAGUCCCCGAACACCCCUGACGUCAACUGAAAACCUACCAAUAAGUGACACCCCAUUUGGCCAUUCAAGGCUGAGGGGGCGAAGAGGCUCUGUUCCUUUUGAUGUUCCUGGAUCAGAUAUGGGAUAUGAGUUCUCAUUUAUCAAGGAUCAUUCUGAAAAGAGGUUUGGUCGUCGAGGCUCUGGCGGUUCAGAGAUGCUGCCGUCCUUGGUAGCUCGAGCACUGCCUUCACUCUCUACCACUUGUGGAGGCCAUGGAAUAUCUGGUGGUGGCUCAGGUGGAACUGGACUUGCUUCCUCCUUGACAUAUCACCACCAAGAGUUCCACAGAGGAUCGGGCGGUCUAGAACUGUUUGCAGGGUUUUGGAGGUCACACCUUGAAUCUGGUUGUUCAACUUUAGAUGAUCACGACUUGUAUUCGCAGUCAUCAGGAGGUAUGACGCCCGGGACCCCUGGAGCCUUGCCUCCACCCCAAGUAGCCCUCCCUCAUACCCUCCACAGACGUGGCUCACUGCCAAUUGACCUCUUUUACUCAGUGUGUGGGAUAACGAGGGGACAUAGCAACAUCAGCGCUCUCGCCCAUCGCUUUCGCCUCAACCCUUUCCUUCUACCAGCCUCCAGUGCCAAUCUUCCUACUUCACCACCACCCCAUCAGUGAAAAUAUGUCAAGAGAAAAAAACUUCAAAGAAGGGGUAACAUUUCCAGGUAUCUUAGGCAAGGGAGUUUAGGCGCUCCACUUAAGCCCUAUUCCAGGUUCCCAAGGCCUGGUGUACGGCUGUGUGGUGGUGUUGGAAGCCGAUGGUGGUGUUUUCUGUGAAAGAAAGACACGAGUCUGUUUUUUUUUUUAUAUUUUUUUGGUACCCCUUUCCUAGUGAAUGAAAAUAUCUUUUGUGUGUGCACUUGAAAUGAUUUCUAUUCAUCUGUAAAUGUGUGAAAGAAAAGUAACCUAUGCUGGGCACUUUCUAUGGAAAGUGUUUCUUUCAGACUUGGUAUGAAAUGUAUAAUGGUGAAAUGUUUAGACAUGCUUCUGAUAGUUAUAAUAGCCAGUUUAAUUUAAAUAUGAUAUGUUUAAGUAAUUUUCAAUGGCAAGUAUUUUAUUGGCAAGAAAUUAUAUGCAUCCCUGAAAGUUCAUUAUUCAGAAGUUUAAAAUAUGGUACAUACAAGUGUGUGCAACCUAUCUUUUAUACUAUGUGUCCAACAAUGAUUACAGGAGCAACAAACCUCCGAUCAUCAAGGCUGUGAUGAGGUCCAGUUUAUCUAAGAGUGUUUGAAGUCAUCAUCAAGGAUGGACCAUUUUUUUGUAAUGGAUUCUGUAUAUUCAUGGAAAUAUAAACAUAUUUUGAUGAAAAUGUUAUUUUUAGAUUACCAUGAAUAUAGAAAAGGAUCAACAUUUUUAUCCCUGCUAAAAAAUAGUUUUUCAUGAGUCUAUAGAAUGUACCCUUAUCUUGAACAUUAUAGUUUUUAUGAUGGCAGGAAAAAUAUUCAGCUCAAAUAAGCUCAAUUUAGUACUAACGUCCAAUUAUAGCCAACUGUCUUCAUGAGAAUCCAGCUUGACAAUCCUGGUUCAUAUUAUUAUGGAACAUUAUAUAUAGAUUUAAAAGGAAUUAAUGAUAAACAGGAUAUUGUAUCCAAGAAAUGCACCUGAGUCAGUUGAUACACUGUGGUUCAUAAAUUGUCAGUGACUUAAUUUGUGCAUAUUAUAUGGUCUUCCUUAGGCCUUGGUUAUGUUUUCCUAAGUUUGAAGUAUCUGUCAGUGAUAAAUUAUCUGGCAUAAUUGUGUAACUAUUGACAAUGCUGUCGGAAGAGUUUAACGUAGGUGUAUGUAUCAAGAGUGAGUUGACUUACUUGAGUGUAUCACCUGAAUACAAUCCUUAAUGUAUACAGUAAUCAGAAUGAAUGAAAUUACUUAUAAUUAUCUUCCGUCAAGUGGUUACUUGUGCCACUCGUGUCAUGAGUAAUGUGUCCUCCUGUGGUGAUCCAGCCAUUUGUUAAGGUACAACUCCCUAGAACUUCGUGUCUCUUGUUUCCUACCGAGGCUUUAUAGGAGGCAACGUUAGCACCGAAGUCCAUUCUUACAGUGUAUUCCUACUUGCAAACUCUACAUCAAAUAUCCGUCACUUGUGGACCUUAGGUAGUGCUGGACUUGGCCAAUUAAAAUGAUGUAGUUAUUGUAACUGAAUGAUCAUGCAAUUUUAAGAUAAACUGAAGCUUGUUAUCAUGUGGGAUUGCAGAGUUAGAGACCAACAGCUUAAAGUAAAGUUAAAAGGGUGGGUUGACUCGUGGAGUUUUCUAAUUGUUGUAGACUUUAAUAUUAAAGAUUUUUACAUCCGAGGUGCAAUACAUAACUUAUAAUCCUGUUGUGUGAAAAUUCAUCAGUAUUUUCAAUGGUUAUAUGUGUAUUGUAAGAAGCUCUUGACCAGUACAUAUGAUGUGUACAUGUUACGUCUUCGAAUAUAAAAUGGGCUUGUGAUGAUUAUCGCGAUAAUCAAAGUUGUUUAGCACAGUAAGGAUUUGUUUGUAUCUGUGUUUGGAUCCUAUGAUAAAUAGAUAUGUUUAUAUGAAUGAUCAUUUGAUGUAAUGAUUUUUUGAAAAAAACAAAAAAAAAAACAUUUUGUGGCUAUGCAAUCUGCUAGUUUAUAUGGAAUGACAGCUUUGGUGUAGUUAGUUCAUACUGUCUCAAUUUUUACAUGUUAUUGUUAGAAGUUAAUGGAGAUAACUUGUAGGGGAUUUAUUCAAAUUUAUAUUUUGCAUUAUAAUUUAUAUACAUUAUAGUACAUGAAAGCACUUUGAAGGAGGAAAGGUGAGAGAAAUUACUCUAUGCUUUCAUUAUGGGAGGAAUUUUCCAGUUUUAACAUAAGGUAUACCAUAAGUUUGCAACAAGAUCUCAAAUCUACCAAACUGCCUUAACUACCCAGUUAUAUAACAUAAUUUCUACAGUUAAUUUUUCUUGGUUACACUUGAUAUACUUAGAUAAAAGAGGUUGUGGAAACUGAUUAUAUAGUUUGGCUAGUGUGGCAAAGUAAAAUUUGUCAAGGUUGCUGCUAAUUGCCAUGUAUUUAGUGUACCAGGCAAGAGAGCCAACUUCCAUCUUACAAAUGGAGCCUUUGUAGGAGCCAGUUCUUGGUUGGUAUACUAGAAACUGCGAAGGCAUAAACUACUUUGUGACAUUGGUGUCCCAUUGAUUUGGUUCAGUUCCUACUAUUAAGAGGAACUUUUUGCCCAAAGUUCUGUUUUGUACAAAUUCAAAACCAUUUUUGUAAAUACAUGUAUGGCAGAUUUUCACACCCCCCCCUACUACUGUAAGGCAAAAAAUCUUAUUUUUCUUGUUCUAUGCAUAACCAUGUUUCCCUAAAAAGUGAAAGUACAAAUUGGUCUUUUAGAAUUAUUUCAUAAUCUGGUUGUGUAAAAGUUAUCCAGUCAUGAUCAUAAUUAUUAUGCAGUCAUGGACAUUAUUAGCACAUUAUGGAUACUUCAAUAGGUUAUAGUACUCAAGUAGAUUGUCUUUAUAAUCCAUAUUUUUCCAUUUGUCUCUUUUUAUUAUAUUUAUAGAACCAUGUAAACUACACACAGUAAUUGUGAAAAGUGACGGAGAUGCUUGGCUCCCAAGGUUAUUUAUAUGACAAGCAUUGUACUUGAGAACUAAUCUUAAAUCCUCACUGCAGAAAGUGAGCUAUAGAAGAGAAUCCAAUAAUGCUCAUUGUCCUAGUGUAAAAAAUAAAAGUUUGACCCUUCUUGGACAUCACACAAGAUCAACAUUGCUGAACACCUCACAUGGGUGAAUAGUGAUUACCCAAGUGUAAUUAGCUAUGGUGUCAAAGGGUGAUUUGGCAAUGACAGUGCUCAACCAUAACUCAAAAUAUUUGAAAUGGCAACCAAACAAAAUAUCCUUGGUUUGAGUUUGCUACGAAUAGGCAUAGGAAUUGGAGGUUGUUACUAUAUUUCUCCUUAUCUUAACAAAGAUAGGGAGAUAACAAAACAGUUUCUCCAAUAGGCCUAUGCUUAUCAUAACAUUCUGUACAAACCUUGAAGGGCACAAUUUUAAUUUUUUAUAAUGUAUUAUAUUUUGGUGUUAAUACUUUAAUGUAGGCCGAACUUGGCUUAUAUUUUUAUGUAAGAGGUUUUGAAUAUAUAGUUUUUUUUACACCAAGAAUUUUUUUAGUUAAUGAAUAAGGUAUUUAGCAACAAAUUAAUGUAUGGUAUGCACAGUUCAUACAUUUCCUUUUAAAUACCUCAAAGUGGUGCGACUUUCCAACGCUAGCAAUUGUUUUGUUCUAAGUCACAGCUGCUGUACUGUAAUGCUGACAUUUGAUGAAUAUGUUCAAUAAUACAUAAAGAAUUGAAUUACGACUACAAGAGUCUUCCUGUCGUCUUAUCAUUUUAAAUGUUACGAGAUAUUUUGUACCAUGAUUCCAUUGUCCUCUGUCCUAUUCUGCCAAUUCCUUUUUAGUGAGGAACCAGCCAAAAUGAUAAGCAUGUUGUUCUAGCAAGAUUGUUGCUGGAUAAAGUGUGGGGAUGAAUUUCAUGUCAAGAUGAUAAAUGUUUGUGUGCUACUACUUCUGUUGAAACUUCAUCAGGAAAACAGUAUUUUGAUUGUACACUUUCAUGUAGAAUCAUUCAAUGGUUUAAAGUAACAAAAGUGUUUAUGAAUAUUACGUUGCUCUUGUGUUCUUUAUUGGUAAUGCUUUAUAGAGGGAGUGUAGGCAUGUAUUUUAUGUGUGGCUGUUGUUUCUUAGAGUACACACUCCAACACCUUCAUUAUCAAGAGCUAGUAAAUAUAAAUAAUUUAUUUUGCAGCAAGUGAAAUAUUCUGAACAAUUUAGCGAUUUUCAUUAUUUAUCUUUGCAAUGAAUUUAUAACCAAAAAAUGUAUUUUAAGAUAUUAAAUACUGUAAUUUGUUAGCUAGAUCCUUGGUAAUUGACAUCCUCGUCAACUGGGUCAUGGGGGGGGGGAUUUUUAAUAUUACAAACUGGGUGCAGAGUUGAGAAAAUUUAAUCCUAUUGGCCAAGUUCCAAAAUUUAGUAUUUUAUAUUAAGUAAAUUCUUGAAUAUUUAAGGCUAGGAGCAAAUUCACCUUCAGUAUGCUUUUGUUGAUAAACUUGAGGUAAUGCUCAGGGUAUUGUGUACUUGGUUUAUGAAUGUUGAAUCCAUUGAAUGGCAAUAUGAUAGGAUUUUCUGGAGGAAUGUAAGAGUGCAUGAUUGUAUUAAGUUGGGAAGUGAACUGUUUAGGUUGAAUACAUAAAUGUCUUAGAGUAAUUUAAUAUUGCCAAAAAUGUUAAGCAGUAGUUUUGCAAUUUAGUACUGUGAUGAUUCAUAUUUCUUGGCUGCGAGCUGUCAUUCUCCCGUGGUUGUGAGAGACGGCACAAAUACAAAUGCGAGGAAACAAGUCUUAAAAUAUCUGGCAGUGCAUUUAUAGUGUAUGAUAGGCAAGCAUCUUAUUUCUUAGUAUAACCACAAACUUGGUUGUACAUCCACGCAUUUUAUUUGUACUGUUCAAGUUCAAAUUCUGUACUGAAAAACUAUAAAACAACAGUAUUAAAUCAGCAGGCCCAUGUUCAUAUACACUUUUUAUAGUGUUCAGCACCUGAUUGGUGACAUUAUCUGGCUGCAGGUAGAGUGAAUACAUUUAUUUAUUGAUGUUAUUUUUAGUUAUAUUUCUAUAAAUUUAGUAUAGAUUAUAUGCUGUAAUAAGAAUUAAUAUUAUAUAUGAUUCUUUUGAGUAGAAAUAAGCUGAGGUAGCAUUCACCAUAUAAUGCUGUAUAUGUAAUUAGCUUCAAGAUAAAUUUAUGAAUUUCAUGUUUACCAUUUGAUUUGCACGCUACAAUAUAUAAACAUUGUUGGUUCUCGAGAGAUGUGUAGUUUAAAGCUGCCGACACAUAUUCAGCCGAGUUUACUUAUUUGAAUACUGUAUAUAUAUAUAUCAAUGUAUUUAAGUCUAAAACUAGAUUUACAACAUUUUAUUACUACAGAUAAAAGAAGAAAAUAAUUUUUGUUAUAUAGAUAAAAAAAAAUAUGAAAGUACAGUACUAUAUGAUACUUUCGACUAGUUGCUUUAAAUAUACCUGAGUUUUAAAGUAUAGUCUCAUGUUUUACAAAUACACAAAGUUAAUAUUUCCUUUUCUUAUGUGUAUGAUAAAAUGCAACUUGCUUAUACUGUAACUAUGUAGUAACAUAUAAAGAUUUUAUAUGCAUUUGGGCUUGUUGAAUAUGCUGUGAUAUGUCCUUUGAAUAAAUAUAUAAAUCGUA